AUGGGAACAGGCCUGGCGACAACCGACUUGGAAAGCGUUCAAGUUGACCAGCCGCGAACUAUACCUUUCUGGCGCCAGGUACUCGAUCAAGGUGCCAUUACACAGGAUGUGCUGGAUUACACUUAUCCCGGGUCAGGGACGGCGGAGGAUCCGUUCGUGGUGUCUUGGAUCCCUAAUGAUCCCAGGAACCCGAUGUUAAUGCCAACGAUGAGAAAGGUAGGUAUCACGAUAGUGGUGUCGACGGCAGCACUAGCGGUUGCAGUAGCGUCGUCUGCAUAUACAGGCGCUAUCAACCAGGUGAAGGAAGAUCUCAAUAUCGGAACCGAAGUCGCAACGCUUGGCCUGUCGCUUUUCGUUAUCGGAUUUGCCCUAGGGCCCUUAUUCUGGGCUCCGCUGAGUGAGUUUAUCGGUCGCCAAACGCCAUUUAUCUUCUCACUGGGUCUUAUGACGGCUUUCCUUGCUGGUUGCGCUGGGGCUGAGAAUAUCCAGACCCUUGCUAUCCUGCGAUUCCUGGGCGGCUGUGCCGGGUCCGCACCCUUCACCAACUCUGGAGGUGUCAUCAGUGACAUGUUCCAAGCGGAACAACGAGGUUUGGCGCUAAGUCUGUUCGCAGCCGCACCCUUCAUGGGACCCGUUAUCGGCCCCAUCGUCGGCGGCUUCCUAGGCAUGAACGCCGGCUGGAAAUGGGUAGAAGGCCUCCUCGCCGCGUUCUCCGGCGUCCUUUGGAUAACCAUGACCCUGCUCGUCCCAGAAACCUACGCCCCAGUGCUCCUCCGCCAACGUGCAAAACGCCUCUCAACAAUGACCGGCAAAGUCUACCGCACCAAACUCGACAUCGAGCAAGAAGGCGGCGUCUCCUUAAAGCGCAUGUUCGCAAAAGCCCUCCUUAGACCCUGGGUCCUUUUGUUCCGCGAACCAAUCGUCCUCCUCCUCUCCGUCUACAUCGCCAUCAUCUACGGCGCCCUCUUCAUGAUGUUCGCCGCCUUCCCCAUCGUCUACCAGCAAGGCCGCGGCUGGAACCAGGGUAUCGGCGGCCUCGCCUUCCUAGGUAUUAUGGUAGGCAUGAUAUUCGCAACGCUCUACUCCAUCCCAGAUAACAAGCGCUACCUUAAAGUAGCCAAAGCCUACGGCGGCUUCGCACCGCCCGAGUCCCGCCUCCCGCCAGUAAUGCUAGCUGCAGUCUGCAUCCCCAUCGGCCUCUUCUGGUUCGCGUGGACAAAUUACCCCUCCAUCCACUGGAUGGCCAGCAUCGCCGGCUGCGUGCCGUUUGGAUUCGGUGUCGUUCUUAUCUAUCUGGGUGUGCUGAGCUACCUGAUCGACUCAUACACUGUCUUCGCGGCGUCGGCGCUCGCCGCAAACGCCGUGGCACGGUCUAUGUUCGGUGGUAUUUUCCCGCUGUUCACGACGUAUAUGUACGAGGGGCUGGGGAUUCACUGGGCGUCGUCGAUUCCGGCGUUUCUCACGCUGGCGUGUAUGCCGUUUCCGUUCAUAUUUUAUAAGUAUGGGGAGAAGAUUCGGAGGAGGUGUAAGUAUGCGGCGGAGUCGCAGAUGUUUGUGCAGCAGUUGCAUGCUGCUGCUAGGGAUCAGAAGUAG